GUGUACGUAGACAAAUUCGAGACACCCUGCCAAUGGUGGAGUUUGUUUUGCAUGAUCCGGUGCCCCGCUGAAUCGAGAUUUUAAUGAAGGACCAAUUGGAAUGGUCUAAAGUCUAUUACGCCCGGGUACCGGGGCAUGCAAAACGGACUCCCCUCACUCAUCACUAAACGGCGACCGAGCUCUGGAAAUUAGCCUACUGUCUACAUUUGACAGACACAACUUCAUAAAUAAUCAAUAGCUAAAAGGCUACAAUUAUCUUAAACAAUGGUGGCAAAACAGAGAAUACGCAUGGCCAACGAGAAACACAGCAAAAACAUCACGCUGAGAGGCAAUGUGGCCAAAUCCACGAGAAAUCCAGGUGAAGACAAGGUGGCAGUGGGACCAUGGCUUCUGGCGUUAUUCAUCUUUGUCGUCUGCGGAUCAGGACCUCCCGCUCCCACCUUUCGUCAACCAAUCAUCUCAUUGUGGAGCUAUACUGCGCCCUCAUUGUUACAGCAUUUUGAAGACUCAUGGCGAUGCGGUACGGAGCUCAGUUUGGCCUCUGGAUGCUCCACAAUUGCUUCACACCCCCCAUAAGGAGCCUCCAAGCACAUUUUCAAAUCAAACAUAAAUUGGCUUUAAGGAGUAACGGUAUGCUUGCCUACACUCCUUAAGAGUACAUUCUUUGGCUAGGUUAGGAGAUGCAAUAUGAUAUCAAACAUCAGUUUCUCAAAUAAGUGCUGUUUGACUGAAAGGUUGAAGUUCACCACUGUAUCCACUAACUCUCUCAAACCUUGAGCUUAGGCCCUCUGGCGGUGGACAGUUUUAGAUAGUUAUACUUCCUGUCUGUACCUAAUAAGCAUAAGUGUAGUGUUACUUUUGCAAGGUCCUAUCCAACAAUCAAACAUUUCGCUACACCCGCAAAACAUCUACGUAUGUGUAGGCGACCAAUAAAAUGUGACUUGAUUUGUGUGAUGUACAGUGAUACCAUAGCCAGUAGGCUACUGCUGAAUAGGAGCACAUAUACAUUUUUCAGAUUCAAAUAAAAUGUUUUUUUACACAUAUUUUGCAGAUGUUAUUGUGGGUGUAGUGAAAUGUUUGUGUUCCUAGCUCCAACAGUGCAGUAGUAUCUAACAAUCUAAAAGUAAAAGA